CUCAUAAUCGCUCCUCUCCCUCUGCCUGCGCUGGCAUGAGCAGUCGUGUCCCUUCACCCUGCUCCUGAUGCGCCUCUCCUUGUUCCACUCGUUACCCUUCCCUUUUCUCACCCUCGUUUGCUCCCCUUCCCCCUCCUAGCCGCCCGCCCUAUAGUGCGGGGGGUUCGCCUUCGCGCGCGCUUCUGCAAUUACUUUACGGCCUCGUCAUCGUUCAUUGCUCCGUUUGCCUGCUUCCCUUCAUCGCCGUUUCGUCCCAAGUCCUUUUCUAGCCUCCUCCCCCCACUGUGCCUCUUUACGAGACACGACAUGGAGCCUGCCCGGGAGCCACCGUGGGCAGAGCACGAAAAGCGUUACCUACUCGCCGAGAUAUUGAAGUCCUCAUUGUCCUCUCACGCCCUGCUCAACAUCAUACGCGACACCGGUGUCCAGCCCAGAUGGAGCGACUGUCCUCUGCCGCUCGGUCGUCCCCUCCGGUCAUGUCAGAUGGUCUAUGACGAGAUGAAUGCCACCUAUCCUCACUCGGACUACAGACAACCGCGUCAAUUGCCCGCCCCUCCAGCGCUGCCCUCUGAUAUGUCGAGGAAGCGCCCGCUUCCCCAGGAGCGCCCCCUCCAGCCAGAGACCACGACGACGUCCAUAGGCGCCCGCAUGAUCCAACCACGACCCACGAGCAUGUAUGGCGGUCUGUACAUGGGUGCCCCUCCAAUACUCCCUGCACAGAUGACGGCGGGGGAGCCGGUGAACAAGAAGAAGCGUGGGCGCCCGACAAAGGCAGAGUCUCAGGCAAGGGCUCAGGCGGCUGCCGCACGUGGCGAGUCCUAUCCACCGCCACGGAAAGGCAGACCGCCCGUGUACCCAACAGAGCCCCCUCCACCUGCAGCGGAACCGCCAGCGUCCAUAGCGACUCCUCCUGUUGCGCCAGCUCCUCUCCCGGCCCAGGGCACCGUAACCCCGCAACAACCGCCCGUUGAUCAGUCGUCGGACACGUCUUCGGGGAAGAAAAGGAGGGGCAAACCUACACCUCUGGAGCUGGAGAAGCCGUCAAGGGAACGGAACGAAAUGCAGUCACCUUCGGCGUACAGCUUAGGAACCGGAGACCAAAGUCGAAGUCAAGCGUAUUCAUCCUUUACGCCCAUAUCCGCUCCGUUACCUUCGGCUGACUCUCGAGAUCGUGAUGCUCGAAUGGAGGGCGUCGAGGACACCCAGGCCCGUACCACUACACCUCACUCGUUUAAAGACACGGUCGGCAUUUAGGCGUUUUCCUUGCGCCUCUAAAAGCACGAACGGCGGAAUUGUCUUUUACAAAAGCGUUUGGAUGGAACUCUUUCACGCAGUCAUGAUGACCUUUUCUUACGCCAUGAUUCCUUUACGGAGUCUGCAGCCCUGCUCUGCAGAACCUUUGACGCAUGGCAUGCGCACCGACAUUUAAUGUUGUGAGCUCUCUUCUUUCCUCUCG